AUGAAUAAAACAUACCAACUCCCCGUUACAGUGAUGCUGUUGUUCGCUCUCGUCACAACGGUGACAGCACAACACAGCAACAGAUCAUCGAAACGAUCUGUGAAAAAAAUGAUCCUUCUUGAUCGUACACCCGUGCUUCCGGAUAAGGUGCGUUUGCUAGCGGAAUGUGCCCCCGGAAGUGUGAACUGUACCCGUACCUGCCCCGACAGUUACACCAUCGAUGCCAAGCAGCAGUACUGUCGACCCAAGCGGCAUGACACUUGUCCACCAGGAUACAUUCAACGUGCCGGAGGAGUUGGUGGAGCAAGUGGUUGCGUGCUGGAAGAAAUUCAAUGUCCACCGGGCAGUACGCGGGAAGGGAAUCGUUGCAUAGUGCGUAGUUACAGCUGCCCGACCGGAUACAUCCAGCGAGGACAAAACUGUGUACGGGACAACAUCUGUCAACCGGGGUACCGGUGGGAAAGUGGUCUGUGCUUUCCUGUCUCGGCAAGAAUCUUCUGUCCGCCCGGGUUCACGGAGCAACAUCCGGGUGGUAAUUGUGCACCUUCGGCGUGUUCGGAUUGUUGCGAUUGUCGCGAUGAAGUGAUGGCCACUAUCUGUCCUUCUGGGUACACCAAUCAGUGGGGCCGUUGUGUGCGGCUCCAGCAAGCAUCUCCUGACUUGAGGAUACAAUCCGUCACGUACCGUUUGCCGGUGGAAUGUGCCGCCGGUCAAACGUUCAACAGUGGACAGUGUGAAUCGCUGAGUACGAUCGGUCGUCCAGUGUGUAGAGCGGGCCACUUCUACAAUGGUUCUUGUGUAGAGGUUGCCAAGUGUAUGCGUGGUACGCUGAACAGUGUUUGCUCGUGCGAACUCGAACAACACGUGGCAAGUUCUUGUCCGGUCGGGAAACUACAGGACGGAGUGUGUGUUUUAUCACGUGCGCACUGUAGAGCACCGGCUCGCCUUCGAAAUGGAGUGUGCGUACGGGAAGCGAAAUCUCGUACCACCUGUCCGGAUGGGGGAGUACCGUUCCAAAAAGAGUUUUGUGCUGUGGAGACACCACGCUGUGGGAGAGGUUUCGUGCUCGAUGAACAUGGCCUCUGCCGUAAAGGAACACCGUGCGCAUUCGAGUGUGGUCCUUAUCAGCGCCGGAAUCGUUGGUGUGGCCUUCCGGCUAACUGUCCGGAAGGGUACACACUUAGCGAGGCAGGACACUGCAUCCGGGAAACGGUUCGACCUGCUUACAGUUGCCCAGAAGGGACUAUCGAACGGGGUGAAAGGUGCGUCAGCGUUACUCCGCUCUGUCGUUCGAACUUCCGAUACGAUUCGAGCGUUGAUCUAUGCGCUCGCUGCGAGGAACGAUCGAUGACGUGUGCGAGAGGAAAUUUAACCGGUGGACAGUGCGUGUGGAGCGAACCGGCUUGUCCGGCCGCGUACGAAUGGAAGGAUAGUAUGUGCGUGAAGACGGACACCCGGAAGUACCACUGUCGGAAGGGAUACGAGCAUGGCGAACAGUGUGUACAUGGCGAGCUGUCCUGUCCGGCCGGCUACGAACUGCAGGGGGAAAGUUGUAUCGUUCGCGAGGAUGUUCACUGUCCGGAGGGUUCCUAUCCGUUGGAUGGUCGGUGUACAAUCGCUAAGGAAUGUCCGGAUGGGUUCCAAGCAGGGGCAGAUGCUUGCGUACGGGAAACAAGACGACUUGUUAAUGCCACCCAACCGACUUGUCCAGCGGGGUACGUUUACGAGGGAGAUGUUUGCGUACGUCGAUCGAUAGUGGAAGCUUCGAUCAAUCGCAAAGAAGCGAUUUGUCCCGAUGGAUACGAGCGUGGUAGGGAUGGCGAUUGUGCGCGGUUGGUGCGUACGUUCCCGGUUUGUCCACCACGAACAAUCUACACCGAUCGUAGCGAUCGUUGUUACUGUGAGGUUGAUCUAAUGUGUCCAACAGGGUACGAACGAACCGGUACAGAUUGUACGUUCCGUGCGGCAGGAUACAACUCGCUCGUAAACUUCCUCAACCCCUGCUACGGAGCGUUCUGUGGUGGAGGCGCCUACUGUAUCACCCAGUGCACAGUUCCACCAUGUCCCUUCGAACCUUGUACUGCUGAUGGACCAGGACUUACAGCUACAUUUGGGCCACGUGCGAGCCGCUGUCUUACGCCGGGAGUGGGCGAUGAAGAUUGUCCACCACAAACAGUAAUUGGACUCGUUUGUCCACCCGGGUACGAACGUGUCAAUAGCUCGUGUCUUGCGUACUACGACAAAGUGUGUCCAGAAGGGUACGAACUCGAUGGGGAUGAGUGCACCCGUACCGUUCAUCUAGCACCCUUCUGUCCAUCGGGAUUCCGUACGGCGCCGGGAUCGGGAUCUUGCAUACAAGCUUCCUGCCCGAAUGGAUACAAACUAACCGGAACAGGAGCCACGUGUGAAAAACGAGAUCUUCGUUCACCGAAAGCAUGCUCUCCUGGGUGGGAUUUCUUCCAGGGUGCAUGCUACCGGAGAUCGAUCUGCAAAAAUGGCACCAUCGAAGGGGCGUAUUGUGUGGAGCGUGAGUUUACCCGACCCACCUGUCCGGAAGGUUACAUCCAGCGGGGUGAGGAUUGUGCUACGGAAGGAAUCUGUCGGACCGUUGGGUCCGCUCUUAUCGAUGGAAUGUGUGUACAAAUUGCGGAACCGGCACCCUGUCCGGAUGGAACAUACCGCCAUGGGAAGCAUUGCGUGUAUCCGGAUGCUCCGGAGUGUGAAGACGUGCAGUACGUUGCUACCGAGUGCAGUACGGAGGUCGACUCGCGAGGCUACUGUUGGCAUCGAUCGUCACCUACCUGCCCGCAAGGAUACCGUCUGCGGGACGAUAAAUGUAUCGCGUGUCAGACAGAGAAACCAAACUGCCCAUCGAACAUGGCUAUUCGACAGGAGAUGUGUAUGGCGGAGCGGGUUAUCUGUCCGGCCGGGCAUUUUCUACGCGAUGGACAUUGUGUCACGCUGCACGUAACCCGACCACGCUGCCCGGCUGGAGAGUAUACGCUUUGCAACGGUUUCUGUAUCGCGGCGUAUGGGCACGAAUGUAAAGGGGCUGAGUAUGGGUUGGCCAUCUGUAGCCGAGGAUAUCUGUACCAAGGGAAGUGUGUAGAGCAUGGCAGGUGUGCGGAUAGUGAUCAUACGCUCGUUAACGGUGAAUGUCAGCUUCGCAUGUUCACUGAUCCGUCCUGUCAUGGGAAAGGUUCCCGGAUCGGGGAGCUGUGCAUUGGUGGAACACCCCAAUGUCCACCCAACUAUGCACUGACGGGUGGCCGAUGCUACAGCUGCCAUAUCGAAAAUGCGCAAUGUUCGACGGGAGGUGUAACGACCUGUUCCGAUAGUUUCUGCCAGCUGGAACCACCUCGCUGUACUUCUUCCGGGGCUAUUUUCGAUGGACGUAGCUGUCGAGUGCUUGUCACUGGCAAACCUUCCUGUCCCACCGGAACAACCCCCGAUCGGUACGAGGCUAAAUUCUGCCAGCUAAAAUCGGAACGUGCCGUUUACAACUGUCCGGCAGAGUACCACUACCAGAACGGGGUUUGCUUGAAGAAGCUUUACAAAAACCCUUCCUGUCCGGCGGACUACAAACUUCGCAAUGGUGCCUGCGUGAAGCGUACCUGCACCCGGAUGGCUUCCGGAUCUUCGUGUGCGGUUUCUACACAAACUGAAGGAGCAGGUGCUAGUAUAUCCUGCGCUCAGUGUUUGAACGAUACCUCUAGCACGAGUGGCGCAGUAUGGAAUACCCCGACCCGGGAUAGUGUGGAUCUAUGCUGUAUGGUGUACUCACCGCGUAUCUGUCGUAAGUCGGGUGAAUGCCAUCAUGAGCAGGAACGAUUGUGUGGUUCGUUCUGCCUAACCGAAGACGAUCGGAUCUAUUUGACGGUGCCGCAUACGAUGCAGCUAGGAUCGCGAUUGUACGUGGCACCAAGGCAAGAGAACAAUGGAGGAGAUGAUUACAAUGAGGAGGACGAAGAGGAGGAGGACACGGAUAAUGAUGUUUUCUCGCAAGAUUGUUCACAGUGUGAAUAUGGACCAGCGAACUGUCCGAGGCGAUGCAGUACAUACGAUUGUGACGAAGAGGAUGGAGAAGGAUGCAAUUUUAAGGAAGCUUUCACGUUCUGCGCUCAGUAUAGGGAUGCACGAAUCUGUGAACAUUUGCGGCGCUAA